AUGUUUGCCUUCCCAGUGCACACAGAUGCACAGGAGAUCACCAGCCGCCUGCCUUUCACCCAGAUCCCCCUGGACGACUUCACAGACAACAAGGAGAUCAGCAGUGACCUUAACGCCUACAUUCAAUACCGGGUCAACGGCAGCCGGGAAAUUGCCAACAACAUCAGCCUGAACGGGAAGGCCGACCCCCUCACCGUGAGCAAGCUGAGCAGCCACCUCAUCUCCCGCAGCCAGGGCUCCUACCUGUACCUCAAACUCACCAUGGACCUCUUUGAGAAGGGCCACCUCGUCAUCAAAAGUGCCAGCUACAAGGUCGUCCCUGUGUCCGUGUCGGAGCUAUACCAACUGCAGUGCAAUAUGAAGUUCAUGACCAACUCUGCCUACGAGCGCUCCUUGCCCAUUUUGAACGUGGCGCUGGCCUCGUUGCACCCGCUGACGGACGAGCAGCUCUUCCAGGCCAUCAAUGCAGGGUUUGUGCGGGGAGAGCUGCCCUGGGAGGACUUUCACCAGCGCAUGGAGCUCUUGUCCUGUUUUCUAAUCAAGAGGAGGGACAAGACGCGAAUGUUCUGUCACCCGUCCUUCAGGGAGUGGCUGGUGUGGAGGGCAGAUGGAGAGAGCACAGAUUUCCUCUGUGAUCCCAGGACCGGCCACGCUCUUAUGGCCUUCAUGCUCUCUCGUCAGGAGGGAAAACUCAACCGACAGCAGACCAUGGAACUAGGACACCACAUCCUCAAAGCGCACAUCUUCAAGGGCCAGAGUAAGAAAACCGGGGUGUCGUCCAGUGUGCUGCAGGCUCUGUGGAUCAGCUGCAGCACCGACGGUCUUUCUGCAGCUUUGGCUUCGCUUAGAAAUCUGUACACACCAAACGUCAAGGUGAGUCGGCUGCUGAUGCUGGGAGGAGCUAACGUGAACUACCGCACAGAGGUCCUGAACAACGCCCCAGUGCUGUGCGUGCAGUGUCACCUGGGGCAUCAGGAGAUCUCCUCUCUGUUGCUGGAGCACGGCGCGUGUGUGGACGUGGUGGCGGAGAACGGCAUGAGUCCUCUGCUCUUCUCUGCGGCAGCCGGACACCUGGGCCUGGUCAUGAUCCUGUGCAAGAAGGGGGCCAAGGUUGACCACGUGGAUAAGAGCGGCCAGUGUGCACUGGUCCAUGCGGCUCUCCGGGGCCACCUGGAGAUCGUGGAGUACCUGCUGCAGCUGGAGUGGAGCGAGGAGCAGGAGGAUCCUCUGAAGAGUCGAGCUCUGCAGCAGGCUGUCAUCGGGGCCGCGAGUAUGGGACACACACAGGUUGUGAGGGGUUUGCUGGCGCUGAAUAACGAGCAUGAGGUGCAAAUUGAUAGCCACGACACUCUGUGGGGAGAGACAGCGCUGACAGCAGCAGCGGGCCGGGGGAAGAUGGAUGUGUGCACUUUCCUGUUGGAGCAGGGGGCGGUGGUGCAGCAGGUGAACCGCAGAGGGGUGUCUCCGCUCUUCUGUGCUGUCAGACAGGGCCAUUGGCAGAUUGCAGAGCUGUUGUUAGAGAACGGAGCGGACAUAAACAUCAGUGACAAACAGGGCCGGACUCUGCUGAUGGUGGCCGCUUGUGAGGGUCAUCUCAAUACUGUUGAGUUCCUGCUUUCAAAAGGUGCCUCCAUGACCUCCGUAGACAAAGAGGGCCUGACCCCCCUGAGCUGGGCGUGUUUGAAAGGGCAUAAGAACGUGGUGCAGUUUUUGGUUGAGAAGGGAGCAGCCAUUGACCACACAGACAAGAACGGGCGCACUCCUCUGGACCUGGCUGCCUUCUACGGAGACGCAGAAAUUGUCCAGUACCUGGUGGAGAGAGGUGCGGUGAUCGAGCAUGUGGACUACAGCGGGAUGAGGCCUCUGGACCGGGCCAUCGGCUGUCGGAAUACCUCUGUGGUGGUCACUCUACUGAAGAAAGGGGCCAAAUUGGGUAAUGCUGCUUGGGCCAUGGCCACGUCCAAACCUGAUAUCCUGAUCAUCCUUCUGCAGAAGCUGAUGGAAGAAGGAAACGUACUUUACAAGAAAGGGAAGAUGAAAGAGGCGGCUCAGAGGUACCAGUACGCCCUCCGCAAGUUUCCUCGAGAAGGAUACGGAGAGGAGCUCAAGGCCUUCAAGGACCUGAGAGUGUCGCUAUACCUCAAUCUGUCCCGAUGUCGCAGGAAGACUAAUGACUUUGGAAUGGCUGAAGAAUUUGCCACAAAGGCAUUAGAGCUAAAACCUAAAUCCUAUGAGGCCUACUACGCUCGGGCCCGGGCCAAGCGCAGCAGCAGGCAGUUCGCUGCUGCUAUGGCCGACCUGCACGAAGCAGCCAAACUCUGCCCCAACAACAGAGAGAUCCGGCGGCUGCUGGCGCGAGUGGAGGAAGAGUGUAAACAGAUGCAACGCACUCAGGCUAAAGGAGCGACGGCUGCCCCCUACCACACUCCUGGACAUGAGAGUGACAAAGAGCAAGACGAGGGCCAGGACGAACCCCCAGAGCACUGCCACCCCCGUGCCCUGGACCAAAGGGAUAUCCUGGAAGAGGAGGACGAGGAGGAUGAGGAGGAACACAGCAGGGCCUCUGAGGCCUGCAGCUGGUCCCACAACAGCUUCUCCUUCAGCAGGGUCUUCUCUUCCGAACAGCCCAGCACCAGUCAGAGCAGAGCCCUGCACCCGGAGCCCUGCUCACCCCCUGGACACAGACCUCCUCCCCGUGUCCCCCGAGAGCACAGAGAGGCUGUGGCCCAGCAGCAGGCUCUGGUCCUGCAGCCCACUAAACAGGCCCAGAUAGUCAAGACCAACCAGCACAUGAGCUCUAAGCAAAGCAAAGGACACUAUGCUCCCUCCAGCCCACUGCCCAGCAGACACUUGUCCAGUGCCCUGAAGCCAGGCCCGGGCAUCGACAUCAGCCCCCUGGGCCCCCCUCCUGAGGAGCCUGUGUAUGAGAACCGCAUGGUUAUGGCAGCAGCCGCUCUGGGAUACAGCUGUGAUGAGGCUCUGCUGAGGGACACUUCAUACUGCAGCAGCUCCAAGAUCCUAGUGCAGGACAAACUUUGUGCUCCAUCCUCCUCCUCUCUGGAUGGACUGGCCUGCUCAGGCCCUGUUGUCCAGGGCAACCACAGCGAGCCUGUGCGUGACAGCUCAGGAGCAGGGAGCAUGAGAGUGUCCAGCUCCACCAGCAGCCUGGCCUCCAGCAGCAGCCUGUCAGACAGCGGGAAACUGGGACCUGAUGUCCGCAAUAAGGUUCCAGACAAGAGCAAGCACAACCAGAGCUGCAGCGCAGAGUUCAAGCCCCGCCCCUUCAUGGGCGUGACUGAUAAGACGGCUCGCUUCCAGCCGCAGCACAGUGUUCCUGCUCCACACACUCAGAACCACCACAGCUGGAUCAACUCUCUCCAGCCAGUCAGCUCCGACAUGCUCUGCCACAGCAUAGCAGCCAAUGACAGUGAGCCCUACGGCAAAACGGCCAGCACUUACCAGGACCAGCACAAGCCUCACAUGGCCAUGGCCAUGAACAGUCUACAGAACGGCUCACAUGACUUCAGUGACAAGUUCUGCUCCGCUGGCAACUGUUACAAAGAGUCCAAACCUCCUGUGGCUCUGCCGCACACCUACAUGGACAAGGCUAAACCGGGCCUGAUGCGAGACAACCCUGCCAUCCAUGUAGCUUCUAUCAAACCAAAGCGAUCCUUCAUCGAGUCCAACGUGUAG